AUGACAUCCCGUUCACUGCUCAUCACCGGAGUUUCCGGAUACAUCGGAGGAACCAUCCUAUCCUCCAUCCUCGCAGACAAAAGCCAAUGGACCGAGCAACUUGACAUCCACGCCCUCGUGCGCAGCGAAGCACAAGCCAACACAGUCCAACAACUCGGCGUCAAGCCCGUGAUGUUCUCCAGCUUCAACGAGACAGAUCGUCUCGAGAAGAUCGCGGAAGACUUCGAUGUCAUAAUCCACGCCGGCGCCGGCUGGCACACCCCGUCCGCGAAAGCCCUAAUUACGGGCCAAGGCACCCGAAAAGCCAGAAUCGGGCAGACAGCAGCCCCCCAUUACAUCCAAAUCUCCGGAACAUCGAACCUAAGCGACCGACCCUACACAGAUAACUACACGGACACACACCUCUUCACCGACACCGAAGACAUCUACUCCUACGAAAAGUACCGCGAAUCGCGCGAAACAUACCACCAACGCACGACGGACCUCACCGUGUGCGAGACUGGCUCGGCCCUCGGCGUAAGCACAUACAUCGUCAUGGCACCGACUAUCUUCGGCCAAGGCACGGGGCCAUUCAACCGCUACUCGAUCCAGCUGCCAGCUAUGAUCGCGGACGCGUUGAAGUCCGGUGCUGUUAGCGUCGUCGGAAAAGGGAAUACCGUUUGGAGCCAUGUGCAUAUCCAAGACCUGGCGGGAUUGUUUGUUGUGAUGUUGCAGAAGAUCUGCACUGGGGUGGAGAUUCCGUCUGGGAAGAAGGGGAUUUACUUUUGUGAAACGGGUGAGCAUUCGCAUCGUGAGUUCUCGGAGAGGUUGGCUGUCGCUGCUUGCGAGUUGGGGGUUUUGCCUUCGGCGGAUGUGAGGGAGGUUAGUCUGCAGGAGGCGGGGGAGAAGUUGGCGUUGGGGAGUGUUUCGAGGGCGGAGUUGUCGUUUGCUGCGAAUGCUCGGACAAAGGCUGUGUUGGGCCGUGAAUUGGGUUGGGUGCCCUCGCAUGGUGAUGAGUGGGAAACUACUUUCCAUGAUGAAGUCAGCGCGUUUGUUAAGAAUCCUCCGGGUGAGCGGGAUGUUCCGGAGUUUUUGAGGAAACGUUAG